AUGUCCAACGACACAGCCAGCACUGUCAAAACGGACAACGACAACAGCAAUGGCGAGAUGAAUGACGAGAAGGCAUCCGGCCGCAGAGGCCGGCUGUGGCCAUGGGGAGGGAGAAAGAGUACCACCAGAACACCUCCGGACAACGACACUGAAGAUGACGUCGAAGGAGGCAGAGGGCGGCCCACGAAGUGGAGCAUGGGCGUGCUGAACGAUCCCAGGACGCACGAAGUGCCAGGCUCCGUUCUGCUUCUGACCGGCUACCGAAACGAGCCGCUGGGUCUGCACAACGCCCCUGCACGAACAUCCCACUCCUCCCUGCCGGCCCAGUCACCCAUCCGGAGCCGACCAAACAGCCGGUCGAGCAGCCGCGCCCGGACCCGUCCGAGCCUGGGCAGCCGCCGCUCGUCCCGCCAGUCCGCCCGCGUGGUCGCCCCCGCCAAGAAGACCAAGGAAACCAAGAACGGCGCCAUCAUCCUCGACCCGCAGCCCGAAGAGUCCCAAAACGACCCCCUGAACUGGCCCACGUGGCGACGCGACGCCGCUCUGCUGUCUCUGGGCUUCUACUGCAUGCUCGGCGGCGGCAUGACGCCCAUCCUGGCCGCCGGUUUCAACGACAUCUCUGCCACGUUUCAUGUCUCCACCGAACAGGUCGCCCUCACCACCGGCCUCUACAUGAUGGGCCUCGGUGUCGGCUCUGUCUUCUUCUCGCCCACGGCCAUCUUGUGGGGCAAGCGGCCCGUCUACCUGCUGGCGUCCGUCAUGUUCAGCGCCUCGGCCAUCUGGUGUGCCUCGGCCACCAGCUUCACCUCCUUGCUGCUGGGCCGCAUCUUCCAGGGCAUCGCCGUCAGCCCCGUCGAGUGCCUGCCGUCCGCCACCAUUGCCGAGAUCUUCUUCCUGCACGAGCGCGCGUACCGCCUGGGCAUCUACACGCUGCUGCUGCUGGGCGGCAAGAACCUGUCGCCGCUGGCGAGCGCCGCCAUCAUCCAGAGCAAGGGCUGGCGCUGGGUGUUCUGGGUCCUGGCCAUCAUUGUCGGCGCCUGCUUCUUUCUGCUCUUCUUCUUUGUCCCCGAGACAUUCUGGGACCGCACGCCGCGACCCAAAGAUCGCUCGCGGUCGAGGAAGUCGUCCAAACGGAACCUCUUUGAUCACCACCAUGAAGCACAUCACCCUAAACCUCUAAACCCCGCUCAAGACGCGGUUGCUCCCACGCCCCAGCGUCCACAGCUCACCCACAGAAACACGCAGAACCUUCACGUCGGGUUCUCCGUUCCUGAUGUAGACGCGCAGCGUGAACCCGAUACGAUUACCGAAGCAGCCCCAGUGACCCACCUCCAGGUGCCCGCCGAGGCUCUCUCGCCACAAACGCCCGUGGAUGUGCGGAGCCCCGCGUAUUCAGAUGCCGAUUCGGGCUAUUUUCCGUCUCCUUCUCACCAGCAAGGCGCCGACGUCAUCCCCGCAGGACUCGGCCAGUACACGCACGACCUGCGCGGCAAGCCCGCACAGACGUUUGUCCAGCAGCUGCGCCCUUGGAACGGCCGCCUCCACUACGACAACUGGUUCCGCGUGUCCCUGCGGCCCUUUGUUCUGUUCGCCUACCCGGCCGUCCUCUGGUCGGCUGUUGUCUAUGCCUGCUCCAUUGGCUGGCUCAUUGUCCUGUCGGAAUCCGUGUCCGUCAUCUACCGCUCGCCCGACACGUACAAUUUCUCGGCCCUCGGCGCCGGUCUUGUCUACAUCUCGCCCUUUGUUGGCGGUGUCCUGGGCACCGCUGUCGCCGGCAAGGUCAGCGACGUCAUCGUGCGCAUCAUGGCCCGCCGCAACGGCGGCUUGUACGAGCCCGAGUUUCGGCUCGUCAUGGCCGCCCCCGUCGCCGUCACCACCGUCAUCGGCCUCAUGGGCUACGGCUGGUCGGUCGAGGUCCGCGACCAGUGGAUCGUCCCCACCGUCUUCUUUGGCGUCAUUUCGUUUGGCUGCUCGCUCGGGUCGACCACGUCCAUCACGUUCUGUGUCGACUCAUACCGCCAGUACGCCGGCGAGGCCCUGGUGACGCUCAACUUUUCCAAGAAUGUGCUGCACGGCCUCGUCUUUAGCCUCUUCUUCAACAGCUGGCUGCACGCCAAGGGCAGCAAGUCGGUCUUUAUCUGGCUCGGCGUGAUCCAGCUGGUUCUGCUCCUGGGCACCGUACCCAUGUACAUUUACGGCAAGCGGGCACGUAUGUGGACAGCGCGCCGGAACCUGAUGGAGAAGCUGUAG